UACAAACGCUGCGGUUUGCAGCACAAGCCAAAACAGUGUCCAGCUUAUGGUAAGCUAUGCUCUAAUUGUCGGGGCAAGAACCAUUUUGCAAAGCAGUGUUUCUCAAAAAGAAAAGAGGAGAAGAAUAGAAAAUCUAUAAACAUAGUGGAGGACACAGAUCUGUGUGAAACAUUCUUUGUUGGUAUGGUUAACUGUGAAGAGGAAACAGAAAAACAAGUCAAUGCUGUCAGAGAGGAUAAGUGGACAGCACCAUUGGAGAUAAAUGGGACUAUAAUAACAAUGAAACUGGACACUGGUGCAAAGGCAAACCUGAUUAGCACGUCUGACAUUAAAGUGAUGAAAAUGAAACCAAAAAUACACAAAGAAAUGACAGAGUUGAAAGACUACAAUGGACAGAAAAUAGAGUGUUUAGGUACAUGCAGGCUGAAAGUGACUGUAAAAGAAAAAGUACACCACCUAUUCUUCUCUGUUGUUGCUGAGGACCUUGAUUCACUACUGGGUGAUAAAGCCUGUGAGAAUUUGGGGCUGGUAAAAAGAGUGUAUUGCAUCAACACAGCUGCAAGUACACCGAGUGACACUGUUGACUCCAUAACACAGAACUAUGAAGAUGUUUUUAGAAGUCUUGGUGCACUGCCCUUCACAUAUAAAAUCCAGUUAAAAGAAAAUGCACAACCAGUUGUGCAUGCUGCACGAAGAGUUCCAGCACCACUGAGAGACCGUUUAAAAAAGGAACUGGACAGGAUGACGAUGUUGGGUGUGAUAAAGAAAGUUGAAGAACCAACCGACUGGGUCAACUCCAUGGUGUGCGCAAAGAAAAAGAAUGGCGACCUGAGGAUAUGUAUGGACCCAAAGGAUCUGAAUGAGAACAUUAGGCGUGAGCAUUUUCAGAUACCCAAGCGUGAAGAAAUCACAAGUGAGAUGAGGUGUGCCAGAUAUUUCUCAAAACUUGAUGCAUCACAGGGUUUCUGGCAGCUAAAAUUGGAUGAAAAUAGCACCAAAUAUUGCACCUUUAACACGCCUUUUGGCAGAUACUGCUUCCUCAGACUUCCCUUUGGCAUCAUCUCAGCAUCUGAGAUAUUUCACAGAGCCAUGGAGCAUAUUAUCGAGGGACUAGAUGGAGUUCGGGUGUAUGUUGAUGACAUUAUCGUGUGGGGCUCCACAGUCCAAGAACAUAAUGCGAGGCUGACAAAAGUGCUGGAGCAGGUACGCAAGUAUGGAUUAAAGCUAAACAAGAGCAAAUGCCAGUUUGGAGUUGAGGAAAUUAUCUUUCUGGGAGACAAGCUCUCUGCACAAGGCAUUCAACCCGACCAAGAAAAAGUCAAUGCCAUAAUAGACAUGCCAAGGCCUACUGACAAGACUGGAGUGUUACGCAUCAUGGGGAUGGUCAAUUUCAUAGGUAAAUUUAUUCCAAAUUUAUCCGCAAAAACAUCUUGCAUCCGUGAACUCCUACACAAAGAGACUGAGUUUAAAUGGACAAGUAGACAUGAACAUGAAUGGCAAAAACUCAAAGAAACACUGACAACUGCACCUGUGUUGGCAUUCUACGACCCGACUAAGAGGAUCAAAGUGUCGACAGAUGCCUCAAAGAACGGAAUUGGUGCAGUGCUUCUACAAGCUGAAGGUGAGCAUUGGAAACCAGUGGCCUACGCAUCCAGGUCCAUGACAGAGACUGAGUGUCGAUAUGCUCAAAUAGAAAAAGAAUGUCUGGGGCUAGUGUUUGGCCUGGAGAGGUUCCACAGCUACGUUUAUGGCCUACCCUCCUUCACAGUGGAGACAGAUCAUCGUCCACUAGUUGCCAUUAUCAAAAAGAAUUUGAAUGAAAUGUCACCAAGGAUCCAACGUUUAAUGAUGAAAAUGCAGAGGUAUGACUUUGAGCUGAUCUACACGCCAGGAAAGCACCUGAUAAUAGCAGAUAUGCUUUCACGAGCACCUACAAGUAACAUCGAAAGUACCACUGAAGAGGAUGUUCAGUGUCAAGUGAGCAUGGUGUCUUCUGCACUUCCGAUAUCAGACGCAAAGUCCAGGCAGAUAGUUGUUGAAACAGCAAAGGAUACAGAGCUGCAGUGUGUUAUUAACAACAUAGAAAAUGGAUGGCCUGUAGGUUCCUGCACACAGUUCUAUCACAUCAGAGGUGAACUCAGUGUCAUUGAUGGACUGUUGCUGAAGCAAAGCAGAAUUGUCAUUCCACUAAAGAUGAGACAUGAUGUACUACACAGGAUCCAUGAAGGCGAAGUCGAGAAAUGCAAACGAAGAGCGAAAGAAACAGUUUUUUGGCCUGGAAUAAACAAGGACAUUGAGAAAUUGAUCAGUAUAUGUGAAACAUGUCAGAAACACAGGAACAAACAAACCAAAGAGCCUAUGCUGGUAACAGAGGUAUCAACAACGCCAUGGCACAAGGUUGGAAUGGAUUUGUUUCAGCUUAAAGGAAAGGACUACUUGGUGAUCAUUGACUAUUACUCAAACUUUCCGGAAAUGGCUUUGUUGUCAAACACAUCAUCAAACUGUGGCAUAACCCAUGCAAAAUCCAUUUUUGCCAGGCAUGGCAUACCAAACACUGUAAUGAGUGAUAAUGGACCAUGUUUCAGUAGUAAAGAAUGGCAUGACUUUGCAGAACAGUACGACUUCAAGCAUGUGACAUCCAGUCCUCUGUAUGCGCAGUCAAAUGGAAAAGCGGAAAAAGGAGUCCACAUUCUCAAACAGCUCCUGAAGAAAGCUGCUGACAGUGGCUCAGAUCCUUACCUUGCGCUACUAAGUUACAGAGCAUCACCACUGGAGUGCGGACUGUCACCUGCUGAAUUGUUGAUGAGUCGAAAACUGCGCACUACAUUGCCAAGCUACAUGAAACAAAACAAAGAUUCAAGGCUUGAACUAAAUGUCAUUGACUAA